UUCGAAGGCCAGAUAACAUAGUACCUGCGCACCUCACCUUGGCUAACUUUACUUAGGUACCUAGGUUUUCCGAAACUGGAAAACUAGUCCCAUUGAAAUUUGACAAUCGGUGACGCCCGCGAUCUGGCUAAUUGCCAUUGCAGUUGUCGCACUGCGUAACGAAAGAAUCGUUGCAGAGGAUAAGCGUUGCCACGUCGGCACUUCGACUCAACCCCAAGAGGUGCCGUCAAGCUCCAGGCCGCGUCGCCGAAGCCUCCGACGAAAAGCAAUUUACCGCGACAAAAAAAGUCUCGUCGCAAAAAAACCUCCCCGAGUAGGAGAAAACCGAUUGCCCAGAGUUUGUCUGAGUACCUUACACAAAGCCUUCUGCUGCCCGUGUAACGCCCUCACAAUCAUCAUCUUCAAGUCAACCAAAAAAGCCGAGUCCGAAAGCCUGCUCGCCUGCCCGCCACGACACACGGUCCGACCUACUCAAGCGCAAAGCAACAAGUAAUCGUCCUCCAAUCUUUGAACCCCGAAUCCGGACUUCUUGAUAUCCUGCUCGCCCCGGAUAUCAACGUCACCCGUCCCGUUUCCCUCAGGCGGGGGUUUCACACACCACUGUUUUACCCUCCCACAUUUUGGCGAAAGAAUCACAAACAAGACUAGACACGUCGGUCAGUCGAUAAAUCAUGGUCGGCUUCAGCGCAGCGCGGGCGCGGUCGUACGCCUUCAGGCUCCCGUUGUUCACGAGGCUGGCGGCAGUCAUCAUCGUCGCCGCCUGGGCCGUGGGCGUGCAGAGCGUCUGGGACCUCAGGGCGUGGGGUGCGCUCGUGCCGGACAAGCUUAACCUUGGGACGAUGUACCGCACCAACACGUACCCGUUCAUACACGUGAACUUCUUCCACGCCCUCAUGAACGUCAUUGCCAUAAUUCCGUUGCUGGAGAGGUUCGAGGCAGAGUACGGGACUCUGACGUCGUUGGCUCUUUUCUUUGGCCCCUUCUCAACGAUACCAGCAAUUGCAUAUGUUUUGAUCGAGAGGGGGAUACUACGAGCUAAUAACACGGUUAUGGGAGCAAGCAUAUGGGUCUUUCUUCUCCUCGGAAUGGAGGCCAUCAGAACGUACAAGACGAACCCUCACCUGGUCAUUGCAACCCACCAUGUGCCCACUUGGACCACGCCGCUGGCGCUGUGCCUAGUCGUCUCGGCGCUGGUCCCCAGCACGACCCUGCUGGGACAUUUGUGCGGGCUGGCCGUUGGCUACCUUAGCGGCUUGGGGUACCUCAAGUUCCUGUCGCCGCCGGAGAAGAUCCUGCGGUGGAUCGAGACCAAGCUAAACCUCCUGGGCCGUCUCCCCCACUACGUCAGUAUAGAUCAGAAGACGUACGGCAGGUUCGGAGUGCUGCCGUCGGCGAGUCCCAAUCCCGGGGCCAGCCCGGCUAUAGGGCUGGUGGGGUCGACGCAGAGACUCGGAGUGUAAUGGGGAAUGUGUACAGAGGGAAGGCAAGUUGUUGGAAAGUAUUGUUCUGUAAUAAUCAUGGACUUGUAUCCCUUUCUUUUCGAAAGGGAAAAUGUUCUCAGUUGUGUGUAUAUACUUUAUUUUUAUUUCUAUUUGGGUAGCUUCGAGCUGCAGCGCCCUGGAUGCCAAGCCAGGCAAUCUUUGCAUUGGUUUUGUUCAAUUGCGUCACACUACUAAACAACGCCAGCAUAGAUGACGACCAGCUUGAGAUAUGAAAUGAUUAUAUGUGGG